GGUACUUCCGGGGGGCGGCUCCGCGCCAUGACGGGGCGGAGCCACGGUUGGUCUUUAAGCGGCCCGGCUCCGGAUCCGGACCGCUUUUGGAGAAGCGGGACUAUGUGGCUGCUGGCGGUUCUGGUUCCGCUGUUGCGGCUGUACCUGUGCGGGAUGAAGGUCCUCUGGUACCAGAUGAGGCACCGCUCCUUCCGGCUGCCGGUCCUGCCACAACAAAAGGGGAGGGUGGCCAUUGUGACGGGGGGCACCAGAGGGAUGGGCCUUGAGACGGCGAGACACCUGGCAGGUCUGGGCAUGCGUGUGAUCAUCGCUGGAAACGAGAGAGAAGAGGGGUCGGCGGCCAUCAGGACGAUCAAUGCGGAGAGCGGUGAAGGACAAGCUGAGUUCAUGUUUGUGGACCUGACGUCUCUGAAGUCGGUGAGACAUUUCGCGCAGGCCUUCAGGGACACGGGUCUACCUCUCCACGUGCUGGUCAAUAACGCCGGAACCAUGCUGGUUCCAGAGAGACGGACGGAGGACGGCUUUGAGUUCCACUGGAGCCUCAACUACCUCGGCCACUUCCUGCUGACCAACCUGCUGCUGGACCUGCUGAAGAGCUCAGGGGGGCGGGGCUGCUGCUCCCGGAUCAUCAACAUGUCCUCCGCCACGCACUACGCCGGGGAGCUCCACCUGGACGACCUGAACAGGAGGAUCUGCUACAGUUCCCAUGGAGCUUACGCCCAGAGCAAGCUGGCUCUGGUCCUCUUCACCUACUACCUGCAGGAGCAGCUCAGUGCCGGUGGCUUCCCCGUCACCGCCAUCGCCGUGGACCCCGGCAUGGUGGACACGGCGCUCUACGACAACCUGUGGACCCUGGCGCAGAUGCUGAAGAGGCCGGUGGCUAAGAUUCUGUUCAGGACGCCAGCAGAGGGCGCCUCCAUCUCCGUCUACGCCGCUGCAGCCGCAGAAAUGGAGGGGGUGGGCGGCUGCUACCUCUACAACGGCCGGAAGACCCGAUCCUCUGAGUCGUCCUACGACCCCGAGCUGCAGGAGCAGCUGUGGAAGAAGAGCUGCCAGCUGGUGGGGCUGUAGGGACCCACAGCUGACGGGGACCCUCGCCCUGACAUUUUACCACAGGCUCCGUGGGUUUUAGAUAAAUGGACCUUCAAGCAGACGCUCCUGGUUGGUGAACCGUCUGCAGAUGUUCAGAUGCUGGUGGGCGGAGCUUAGUCACGGUUCCUCACAUCCCUGAUGUUUCUCAGCCCCGUUCCUCAGAACGGAACCCCCCAUGACGGAGUCCAUACGAACCCCUGGUCCAGCUGAAGCUGCUGACUGACGCCUGGGAACCAAUCAGAAGACGCUCUUUGAUGUCUGUGAUCAAUAAAGUUUCUUAUUUUGAAUUGGA